GGGCGGGGUAGCUGAGAGUGGCCCCCUGGUGGGGCGAUGGAAAAGCAGGAGUCUGGGGGGGCUGCUGGCAGCCUCACCCAGGAAUCCCCUGGAGGGGCCACCAGGGAAGUGCCAGGAGGCAUCACAGGAGUCGCGGCAGGCGCCGGGCUGCCCUCCGGAGUCGUCGCGCCGCCAUGUUCCGGCCGCCCCGGAACAGUCAGCAGAGGCCUGGUUUCUAGCCUUUGCUCCGGAGUGGUAGCGGCUCCUGGUUCCAGGCCCAAGCAGCCUCCUGGGGAGGUUGUGGGCCACAGCCUUGCGUCUGGCACAUACCCUGGCGGAUUUAACGCCCCCAUUCCUGGAACCUGUGCAGCCGGGACGUCUGACUUAGGGUCCAAGGGGUCUGGGGUGCACAACUCGGAAUGCAGUCCGCGUUCUGGUUCAACUUCUUUGCACCCCCACAAACCCUAUAAGGAUCUGCCCCAUAACAUCCUAAAAACCAGCAACCACACCUUGAUACAGAAACCCUCCAGUGCGGACAGGAAAAAGUCUCAACACUGGGAUGAAAUGAAUAUCAUGACCACUUACCACCCUGCUGACAAGGACUACGGAUUUAUGAAGGUGGAUGAGCCUAGCACUCCCUACCACAGGCUGUCACCGCAGGCCAGCGAUGAGCCCUCCCUCACAGUGACUCCGGAGGCACUGAGGGAAAGGUUUGCAACAAUGGACAAUUUCUACCCCAAGGUCCUUCAGCACCCUGAUAACAGAAGCUCAGGGUCUUCAGACAACUUUUCCAAAACACACUCCAGUGGUUUUGAGAGGCACCGCAAGACACACUACAAUGAAGGGAAGUUCCUCAGCCCUCAGAAAAACCAGCCCUCGGGCAAUAACAAGAAGAGCAACGGGGGUAGUGGAAGUUUGGGCAGUGGUGGUCGAGGUGCGAUGCUGGCCCCAGAGGCCAGGCCUGUGGGGAGAGGCUGGGCAGGAGGACUGGCCAGAGGAGUCAAAGACAAGAUUGGCCUGGCGACCAGGAGCCACAUCCAAGAAGCUGAGGAGUCCUCUACCUUCAGAAAUCAGUCCCCGGCUCCGGCCAUCAUCGUGUCGGACAAGGAGGCUGAUCUGCAGCGAAAGGAGUAUUAUAGCAAAGGAAGAUACCUGAGGUGCUGUUCUCACCCAGAGCUUGAGGAGGACACGGAAGAUGAGCAGCAGGACAGCGACAGUGACAGUUCUACAAGCUUGCGCUGGGCGAGUGAGAGUUCCAUAGGAACUGAGGUCCGCUCGCUGGACCACAGAGGAAGCCCCCUUCGGGAUCACAGGCCAUCGAGAACUCCCUGACAGUGACAGGGACACCAUUACAGCCUGAUGCAUCCCUUCGGCUUUGAUGGACUCAGGAGGGGGAAGCCACACAAUAGAAAAUGUAGCCAGCGGGAGAUGGGGAGGGGGCCAGCCUUCCCCUGCCCUCACCACCCAAGGGGUGGACAAUAAAGAGGAGAAGAGCAG